AUGACCGUGCCGCUGAGCCCCGGCAGGCCGGCGGCGAGGUCGCUGAUGGGCGGCGGGCACGUGCGGUCGGCGAGCGUGCCGUGCCACACACACCCGCUGCUCAUGGACGUCGACGACCAACUCCUGGCGCUGCGCUCCUGGACCUCCAACCCCGGCCAGAACCCGCUCUCGCUGGCGCACGUCCGGGCGCUCCUCUGCGUGCUCGACGAGCUGCUCCACCUCCCGCUCGCCCAGGGCGCGCUCGUCGCGGCGGACAGCCUGCUCGAUGGCUUCCUCGUCCUCGCCGACGCCUUCGGCACCUUCCUCGCCGCGCUGCUCGCGCUCCGGCAGCACGCCUCCGAGCUCCACGCCGCCGUGCGCCGGCGCGACGCCGCCAAGCUCGCCUCCGCGGCGCGCGCGCAGAGGCAGGUCGGGAAGGAGCUCGAGCAGCUCGCGGCCGCCGUGGCGCGCGAGGCCGCGAGGUGCGCGCGGGCGAGCCUGGCGUCGUCGACCUACAGCGCGCCCGCCGAGCUCGAGGUCGCGAGGACCGUGGCCGAGGCCGUCAACGACACCGCGGUGGCUUCGGCGGCCGUGUUCUCGGAGGUCGGCGCCGUCGCCGACGCCGCGGCGGCCCUGGCGUCGCCGGCAUCGUCUUCGCCCAAGAAGAGGCUGCCGCUGGUGAACGCUUCGUCCAGGAGCAGCAAGAGGCCGGCCAGCGAGGAGCAGAGGGAGGCGGUGGCCCUUGGGAAGCUGCUGGAGCUGGAGCAGUGCAUCGGGGAGCUGGAGAGCGAGAGCGAGAAGGUGUUUAGGAGUCUAGUGCAGACCAGGGUCUCGUUGCUCAACAUCCACACGCCAACAUUUUAA